AUGAAUAAUUCCCAACAACAAGUGGUGAAUUCUUUUGGUUUUAUUACAAGUAUGAAUAUUUUGGAGUUUUCUGAUGAUUCCGAAUUGGAGGAAUGUAAUAGAAUUAUUUCAACAACAAUUUUGAGUGAAAAUGGUGCUACUGUCACUGAGGAAAAUUUAGUUUUCGGAUGUAAUGCAUUGUUGAAGAGAAUUUAUAUUGAAAUUUACUUUUUGAGAGAUUAUGAAAAGGCCAAACAAGAUAUUGUCUUGGUGAGGAAUAUAGUCGGAGAUAAAAUUACAGAGGAUUUGGAUCGAUUCCUAUCACAAUUGAAUUCCCAUGUCAAUAUCGAAAUUUUGAAUGAAAAGAUUGCAUUGGCCAAUACAGAAGGAAAUAUCAAAUUAUUACUUCCACUGGUGGAGAAGAGAUGUUUGGAAUUGGCUAAUGUUGGAAAAUAUAAACAAAGUUUGGAAGAUUUAGAUUUUAAUAUUCAAUCCAUUGAAAAAAGAUUGCAGAGUGAAAAUGAGGAAGUUACCAAAUUGCAAACUCAAUUGUUGAACUUGUACAAGCAGAGAAUGACUCUAUUUGUGAAUAUUAAAUUGGAAAUGGAAAGAUUAUUAGUUGUUGGGCAAGAAUUAUCAACUCUGUCUCAUGAUUCAAGUCAGGAGUCUGUUCAUCUCUAUUUCACAACCACCUCUCUCAAUGAUUCACGACACAAACUCAAUGGUGGCAAUAUGGAUCUCAUCAGAGAAUUUGAAAAUAUAUUUUUAAAGGAAGAGGAAAAAGCUCGAUUGUGGGACAUUUCACAGGCAAGAACAUUCCAGAGAAAUCUGUUACCUCUCUCAACAAUUGUAGUUGAGAAAUGUGUGCGUGAAAUUAGGGCCAACCUGAGCAGAGCUGAACAAUUACUCGACAAGACCAACCCAUCCUAUCACUUUACAGAAAUCAAGGAAGCCAUCGAGAAUGACAUUAAGAAACAAAAGACAGAACAAAUCAACAAGUACAUUAUCUAUUUCGGACUUGGUUUGAGUUUAAUCUUUCUCAUCCUGUCCAGUCCAAGAGUUGGAAUUAUCAAGAUCAAACCACAAUAA